CGGUGUUUUCCUUUAACCGAUACAAACUUAGUUGUUAUAAAAGUAAUCGGCAUGUGUUAAAUAUAUUUUUUUACGAAGUAUAUCUAAUCCCUGAAUAACCCUGGUAUUUUAAACUGUGAUAUUUUAAAAUGACUCGCAAGAAAAUUGAUAACCGUAUCAAAACACUAAUUGAGAAUGGUGUGGCUAAAAAACAUCGCACUAUGUUUGUUGUGGUUGCUGAUCAAGGACAUGACCAGAUUGUUGUACUCCAUCAUAUGUUAACAAAGGCCGAGGUAAAAGCCAGACCUUCCGUGUUGUGGUGUUAUAAAAAGGAACUUGGUUUCUCUUCACAUGGUCACAAAAAACGUAUGCGCAAGAUGCAAAAAAAGAUAAAGACUGGUCGUAUUGCAACAAUGUCUGAGAAAGAUGCUGAUGCUUUUGAGUUGUUCUUGGCAUCAACCAACAUCCGUUACUGUUAUUACAAGGAGACUCAUAAAAUUCUUGGCAACACUUAUGGCAUGUGUGUUCUUCAGGAUUUUGAAGCUUUGACUCCAAAUCUUUUGGCUCGUACUGUAGAAACUGUUGAAGGAGGUGGCUUAAUUGUGAUCUUACUGCGAACAAUGAAAUCUUUAAAACAGCUAUACACAAUGACAAUGGAUGUUCAUUCAAGAUUCAGGACAGAAUCACAUCAGGAAGUCACAGGUCGCUUUAAUGAAAGAUUUCUGCUGUCUCUUACCACAUGCAGCCAGUGUUUGGUCAUUGACAACCAAUACAACAUCUUACCUUUGUCAUCUCUAACAUCUACUGUCACUCCUUUGCCUAAGUUGUCCAAGGAAGAAUCUCUCAGUCAAUCUGAACGUGAAUUGGUAGCUUUAAAAGAAUCCUUGCAAGAUACUCAACCUGUUGGUGCAAUCAUCAAUUGUGCCCGAACUUUAGAUCAAGCUAAAGGACUCUUAAAGUUUAUAGACUCAGUGUCUGAGAAGACUUUACGGAAUACAGUUGUGAUGACAGCAGCUCGUGGCCGAGGAAAAUCAGCUGCACUAGGCCUUGCCAUGGCUACAGCAGUGGGAUUUGGCUAUUCCAAUAUUUUUGUUACAUCACCAAGUCCAGAAAACUUAAAAACUCUAUUUGAAUUCAUAUUUAAAGGUUUUGAUGUUCUAGAAUAUCAGGAACACAUUGACUAUGAAAUAAUCCAGUCAUCAAACCCUGACUUCAACAAAGCCAUUGUCAGGGUCAAUAUAUUCAGAGACCAUCGGCAGACAAUACAGUAUAUUCAUCCUACUGAUGCUCACAAGCUUGGUCAAGCUGAAUUGGUUUGCAUUGAUGAAGCAGCUGCCAUUCCAUUGCCUUUGGUAAAGGAACUCAUCGGACCCUACCUUGUUUUCAUGUCUUCAACUGUUAAUGGAUAUGAGGGAACAGGUCGUUCUUUAUCUCUGAAACUUAUCCAACAACUCCGACAACAAGCUGCUACUUUCUCAGGAACUGAAGUGAAAAAGGUGACAGCUGUUGAGAGUACCACUAAUAGUUUGUCAGGACGUGUCCUUUAUGAAGUGCAACUCAAUGAAUCUAUAAGAUAUGCUGAUGGUGACCCUGUUGAGAAAUGGCUCAACGAUUUGUUAUGUCUUGAUGUGACGAAUGUUCGUAGAAUAACUUCUGGUUGCCCUCUACCGCAGGACUGUGAUCUGUAUUAUGUCAACAGGGACACAUUGUUUUCUUUCCAUAAAGGUUCUGAGGCAUUCCUGCAUCGAAUAAUGUCACUCUAUGUAUCUUCCCAUUAUAAGAACACACCUAAUGAUUUACAGAUGUUAUCUGAUGCUCCAGCACAUCAUAUUUUUGUUUUACUCGGUCCAAUGGAGUCAACCAAACAGGCUCUUCCAGAAGUUCUUUGUGUUGUUCAGAUGUGUCUUGAAGGAGAUAUUUCUAAGGCAGCAGUGAUGAGUGGUCUCCGACAAGGUAAACGUGCAUCAGGAGACUUGAUUCCGUGGACCAUCUCCCAGCAGUUCCAAGACAAUGACUUUGCCAGUUUAUCAGGUGUGAGGGUGGUUCGGAUAGCAACCCACCCAGACUAUCAAAAGAUGGGUUAUGGUUCUCGUGCCCUGCAGCUCCUCUCUCAGUACUAUAAAGGAGAAAUUGUGGGACUUAAUGAAGAUGUUGAAGAAGUUCCUAAAGACAUUGAACCUGUUGAUGACGAGGAAAUUGAUCUGUUAGAAGAGAAGCCAGUACCUCGUAAAAACCUACCCCCAUUGUUACUGAAGCUAACUGAACGACCCCCAGAACAGCUUGAUUAUAUGGGUGUAUCAUUUGGGUUGACAGCUGACCUUCUCAAAUUCUGGAAACGAAAUGGCUUUGUCCCUGUCUACUUAAGACAAACUGCUAAUGACUUGACUGGAGAACACUCCUGUAUCAUGCUGAAGGCUCUUCACGAUAAAGAAAAUGAAUCAAACACAUUGUAUGACAAAAACUGGCUGCUAUCAUUCUGGAAAGAUUUCCGUCGUCGUUUCAUUUCCCUGUGUUCUUACCAGUUCCGUUCCUUCAGCUGCAGUACUGCACUUAGUAUUCUCCAACAGAAACACUGUAAAGAAGAGGCAGUAGCUCUGGCAAAACAAGAAUUGGAUUUCAAACUGACUGUAUUUGACUUAAAGCGACUGGAGUUAUAUUCCCAAAAUAUGAUAGACUAUCAUCUGAUCAUGGAUCUGAUGCCAACAAUUGCUGAACUGUAUUAUCUCCAACGCUUACCUGAUCUUCAUCUCAGUGCUGUGCAGCAGGCUUUGCUACUUGGCAUUGGUCUGCAACACAAGACAGUUGACGAUCUAGAGAAGAACAUAGGACUCGCUGCCAGUCAAUUGCUGGGUCUCUACAACCGAAUUAUUCGCAAAGUUGUCCAGCAUCUUAACUCUAUUGUUGAGAAAUCUGUGGAGCAGACCCUUAUAAAGGAACACAAAAUUACCAUGGAACCAGUGGCACAGACGCUAGAUGAUGAAUUGGAUGCUGCUGCCAUAGAAGUCAAAGAGGAGAUGAGAAAGAAAAUAGCUCCAAUCCUGGAAGAAUCUGAGCUCAGUCAAUUUGCUGUGAAGGGAGAUGAAGAUCAGUGGAAUUUGGCUCUCUCUACUGGGAAGAAGAAUUUAAAAAGUAUCAGUAUCAAAAGUAUCAGGCAGAAACGUCAACUGAAGGAGGUGGAAGACAAUACUGUCCAAAAGAAAUCAAAAAAAUUCAAGAAAUCCAAGAAGCAUAAAUAAUGCAAUAAAUAUUUAAUUUUUUUA